CGCUCACGGUUUAAGAGGGUCGCCGCCGCGUCUGCGCAUCGGAAGCUGGUUGCCGCUGCGGCCGCCUGGAAUUGUGGGGAUUGUGUCUACCCCUCGGCUGCUAGGCGGGAAGCCGAAGGUCUCUAUGCCUCUCCGGGGCCUGCCCUUAUCUAGGAUGGCUCCUCUGGGCAUGUUGCUUGGCUUGCUGAUGGCCUCCUGCUUCACUUUCUGCUUCAGUCAUCAGAACACAGAGUUUGCACUGACCAAUCCAGAGAAGAGCACGACGAAAGAAACAGAGAGAAAGGAAACAACAGCAGAGGAGGAGCUGGACCCCGAGAUCCUGGAGGUGUUUCACCCGAGCCAUGAGUGGCAGGUCCUUCGGCCAGGUCAAGCUGUCCCUGGGGGAUCCCAUGUGCGGCUGAAUCUCCAGACUGGAGCAAGAGAAGUGAAACUUCAAGAUGAAGACAACUUUCGAAAUACUUUGAAAGGCUCGAAAAAAGGCAAAAGGCUGGACAUCAACACUAAUACCUAUACAUCCCAGGACCUCAAGAAUGCACUGGCAAAAUUCAAGGAAGGGGCACAGAUGGAGAGUUCAAAGGAAGACAAGGCAAGGCAGGCUGAGGUUAAACGUCUCUUCCGCCCCAUUGAGGAGCUAAAGAAGGACUUUGCAGAGCUGAAUGUUGUCAUUGAGACUGACAUGCAGAUCAUGGUACGGCUGAUUAACAAGUUCAACAGUUCCAGCUCCAGCCUGGAAGAGAAAAUUGCUGCGCUCUUUGAUCUUGAAUAUUAUGUCCAUCAGAUGGAUAAUGCACAGGACCUGCUUUCCUUCGGUGGCCUUCAAGUGGUGAUCAAUGGGCUGAACAGCACAGAGCCUCUGGUGAAGGAAUAUGCUGCGUUUGUGCUGGGGGCUGCCUUUUCCAGCAACCCAAAGGUCCAGGUGGAGGCCAUCGAGGGGGGAGCCUUGCAGAAGCUGCUAGUCAUCCUGGCUACAGAGCAGCCUCUCACUGCGAAGAAGAAGGUCCUAUUCGCACUGUGCUCCCUACUGCGACACUUCCCCUAUGCCCAGAAACAGUUCCUGAAGCUGGGGGGCUUGCAGGUCCUGAGGAGCUUGGUACAGGAGAAGGGCACAGAGGUGCUGGCCGUGCGUGUGGUCACCCUGCUCUACGAUCUGGUCACUGAGAAGAUGUUUGCCGAGGAAGAGGCCGAGCUGACCCGGGAUAUGUCCCCAGAGAAGCUGCAGCAGUAUCGCCAGGUGCAUCUCCUGCCAAGCCUGCGAGAACAAGGCUGGUGUGAGAUCACUGCCCAUCUGCUGGCACUGCCUGAACAUGAUGCCCGUGAAAAGGUGCUGCAGACACUGGGUGCCCUCCUCGUCACCUGCUGGGACCGCUACCACCAGGACUCCCAACUCAGCAGGAUGCUGGCCAAUCUACAGGCUGAAUACCAGGUGCUAGCUGCCCAGGAGCUCCAAGAUGGAGAGGAUAAGGGAUACUUCUGGGAACUGCUGGGUUCUAUCAACAACUUGCUAAAGGAGCUGAGAUGAGGCUGCCUCCUAACCACAGACUGGACAGGAAUGCUGCUAGUAAAGCUAAGAGUCGACCAUUAUUUCUGCUCUCGAGAUGACUUAUGUCUGUCAUAUCUGGGUGGUGGAGACACUAAUCAACAGUGCGCACCUGUGCUUUCCAGCCCCACCUUCAAGACGUCAUCUUCGUGGCUAGAAAUCUGAUGGAGUAUUCGUGGCUAGAAACCUGAUGGAGUAUUUACACCAUGGACACUGGGAAAUGCUACAAAUCAAGGCUUAAUUUAUUGUUUUGUUGAUUGUCUAGACUUCAAGUGAUGAAGAAAAUGUUUCAAAAGUGUUAAUAAUGCUGAUUAAACUUAAAAGUGUCAUCUAUCGAUAGCACAGAAAUCUGAAGGAAUUGUCUUACAGUAUUUGACAGUUAUUAUCUGAUUUAGCAAAGAAGUCAUUCGCUGAUGAACAAGUGAAACUCCCACAGAUGUUUUUGUUGUUUCACUUUCAUCUUACUCCUUGACGUUAAGUAUCAACCAGCAUUCUUGUCAGAACCAGACUCCUUUGUCAAUUACAACUGUCAGUUGGCUAUGGAUGCAGGAUUUCAACAAAAAUCAUUGAAAUCCUGUGAGAAUCAGUAGAGAGUAUUGUGUAUUUUGUUAUUUGUGAAUUGUGUGCUACAAUCCCUUUAUAGGAAUAAAAUGUAUAUAAAUGA